CAUCCACGCGAUUAUUGGUGUGCAACGCUCAAUGAAAAGUACGCAGCCAAAUCUGUCAAGUUAAAAACGAGAGGAAAACCAAACAUCUGUUUGUACACAAAACAAUACAAAAAAAGUUCAGUGGCAGUGCAUUGUAAGCACAAUUAUCAUUUUCACACCUUUGAGCUUUCGAACAAUAAUAUUACAUUAACUUUUCCUGCAUUUAUCAAGCACGGUGAUGCCACAAAAGGACAAUGUUGCCGAAUAGCGCCUGCUGACUAGUUACGAAACAACUGUGUAUGUAGUUUAUUCUCGUUGCUCGGAAACAAAACAACCGUGCGCUCGAAACAUAAGCCCCGUCGAACCGUCGUUGUUUCGUGAUGGCAAAGAAUUGGCUUGCCAGGACGAAAAAAAAGUUCCUCCGGCUUCAUCCGGCGUGGCGUGUAUACGUAAUCGUGCUGGGGUUGCUUGUCCUGUACAAUGAGGUGCUUAUUUACGUGUUGCAAAAAUUGAAGUGGUCGAAUAUUUAUUGCAAAGAAGCUGGCUGUGUAAGGAUUCUACUUGUAGCGGAUCCACAAAUUCUAGGCAAAACGUACGACACACAUUUCUAUGCCGGGUUGGCAAACUACGAUUCUGAUCGGUAUCUUGCUUGGUAUUACGAGCAAGCGGUAGAACAUGUGCAACCGGAUGUCAUAAUUUUCCUAGGCGACCUGAUGGACGAAGGUACCGACUCAACGGAGAUACACUUCGAGGAGUACUACACACGUUUCGGCGCGAUCUUCCCUACCCAUCCGACCGCGAAGGUGAUCUACAUACCCGGUGAUAAUGAUAUCGGUGGUGAUGGUAGACAACCGCUGAAUCCGAUUGCAAAGCGACGCUUCCGGCAGUAUUUCUCCGAGCGACCGGCUUGGGUGAUUAACGAUAAUCUAACGAUCUACAACAUCAAUCGAAUUACGCUAGAGAUGACACUGAACGAUCCGCGCAUGCUAGAUAGCACCGGGACGGAUAUUUCCGAUCGCUACCUGCGUAUAUUUGUUAGCCACAUACCAGUACUGGACGUUCCAUCCAGUUUUACCUACAAGGCGAUACACAAUCUAAAACCGAACGUGAUCUUUUCGGCACAUCUGCACAUUUCGCAGUUUGCCCGCAUACAUCGCAGCCGGUUGAAAACGGUGCAAUAUCGGCCGCUGAGUCAGGACAAGCGUACCGCGUACAAGGUGCAUUCGUUCGAUCUGAGCUACCAUCAAGAUACGCAGGAGUUGCUGGAAAUCAUCGUUCCCACGUGUUCCUAUCGGAUGAGUGUUCCAGACAUUGGAUACGGCUAUGCGGCAAUCGAUGGCACCACGCUAAAGUACACCGUUCUUUGGACGACGCGACGCUUCUAUCAACUGAUCUCGUACGUAGUGAUACUGGCCAUUCCGAUCGGGCUGGGUGUACUGUACGCUGUGUAUAAAUUCCUACGGGAACACUGUAGCUGCCGCUCGAGGUACGAACGCUUACCGAAGUAACCAACGCGGUAAGUAGAACAUAGACAUAAUUGCGGCCUGAGUACUUGUGCAAUGUUGGGGACAAGUUGCGAAUAAAGAACGAUGGUAAAGCAAUAUUUUCUAAAAAUA